GGCGCGUGUUGACAGCGGCGGCGGCGGCGGAGCCGGGCGGGCGGCGGGAGUCGGCGCCUCUGGUUCCUGCCCCUGGUGUCGAGGUGGUGGCGGACGAGCGUCCCGGGAUGGCCUUCAUGGAGAAGCCGCCGGCCGGCAAGGUGCUGCUGGACGACACGGUGCCGCUGACAGCAGCCAUCGAGGCGAGCCAGAGCCUGCAGUCCCACACGGAAUAUAUCAUUCGGGUGCAAAGAGGAAUUUCUGUAGAAAACAGCUGGCAGAUUGUGAGGAGAUACAGUGACUUUGAUUUGCUGAACAACAGCUUGCAGAUUGCAGGCCUAAGUCUACCUCUUCCUCCCAAAAAAUUGAUUGGUAACAUGGAUCGUGAAUUCAUAGCUGAGAGGCAGAAAGGUCUUCAGAACUAUCUCAACGUUAUCACCACAAAUCAUGUCUUGUCUAAUUGUGAGCUGGUUAAGAAGUUUUUAGAUCCAAACAACUAUUCUGCAAACUACACUGAGAUUGCCUUACAGCAAGUUUCCAUGUUCUUCCGAUCAGAACCAAAGUGGGAGGUGGUAGAGCCAUUGAAAGACAUAGGUUGGAGAAUAAGGAAGAAAUUUUUCUUGAUGAAGAUUAAAAAUCAGCCAAAGGAACGGCUAGUGUUAAGCUGGGCUGACCUUGGUCCCGACAAGUAUCUGUCAGAUAAAGAUUUUCAGUGUCUAAUCAAACUUCUACCUUCCUGUUUGCACCCUUACAUCUAUCGGGUCACCUUUGCCACAGCUAAUGAAUCCUCAGCAUUGCUUAUUAGGAUGUUUAAUGAAAAAGGAACUUUGAAGGACCUGAUCUAUAAGGCAAAACCAAAAGACCCAUUCCUAAAGAAGUACUGCAACCCUAAGAAGAUCCAGGGCCUUGAACUCCAGCAAAUAAAAACAUAUGGGCGGCAAAUAUUAGAGGUACUGAAGUUUCUACAUGACAAGGGAUUCCCUUAUGGGCAUCUGCAUGCCUCCAAUGUGAUGCUAGAUGGUGACACUUGUCGGCUGCUAGACCUUGAGAAUUCUCUAUUGGGCCUUCCUUCCUUCUACCGAUCCUAUUUCUCACAGUUCAGGAAAAUCAAUACAUUGGAAAGUGUGGACGUCCACUGCUUUGGCCACUUACUGUAUGAAAUGACUUAUGGACGACCGCCAGACUCAGUGCCUGUAGACUCCUUCCCUCCUGCACCGUCUAUGGCUGUGGUGGCCGUGUUGGAGUCUACGCUGUCUUGUGAAGCCUGUAAAAAUGGCAUGCCUACCGUCUCCCGGCUCUUACAGAUGCCGUUAUUCAGUGAUGUUUUACUAACCACUUCUGAAAAGCCACAGUUUAAGAUUCCCACAAAGUUAAAAGAGGCAUUGAGAAUUGCCAAAGAAUGUAUAGAAAAAAGACUAAUUGAAGAACAGAAGCAGAUUCACCAGCAUCGAAGACUGACAAGAGCUCAGUCUCACCAUGGAUCUGAAGAAGAGAGGAAAAAGAGAAAGAUUUUAGCUCGAAAGAAGUCAAAACGGUCUGCUGUUGAAAACAGUGAAGAGUAUUCAGCAAAAUAUAGCAACUCCAAUAAUUCAGCAGGAUCUGGGGCCAGCUCACCUCUCACAUCCCCGUCAUCACCGACUCCACCCUCUACAGCAGGGAUUUCCGCAUUACCUCCACCGCCUCCGCCUCCGCCUCCGCCACCAGCAGCUCCCUUGCUUCCUGCGAGCACAGAGGCGCCUACACAGCUUCCGCCCCAGGCUGUGAAUGGCGUGAGCCGAGGGGCCUUACUCAGCUCCAUCCAGAAUUUCCAAAAGGGAACUUUGAGGAAAGCCGAAACCUGUGAUCACAGUGCUCCUAAGAUCGGCUGAAGAUUCGUGUUUACACUUGGAGGGAAAAGUUCUUUGUUUUUUCCUCCCACCUCCAGCCCCUAAAGCACUCUCUUUCCGGAUGAACAAUCGCUGAGCCAGUAAAGCCACAUACUGUUUUGCAGAUGCUCAUCUAAGAGGCUUCUCAAGAGGGAAAUAUCCAAGUAGAAUAAAGUCAGGCUGGCGUUUCUGCCUUAAGAAAUAAUUCGCUCCUUUAUUACCAUUUUAAAGGAGUCUUGUUCAUCCUCUAAUGGGCAUCUUUUGGGGGCAGCAGCAUAUUGGAGUCAACAUUUGCACCAACUUAAGGAAAUGGACAGAAAAACAAUGACAAUAUUCACUGCCAGCAGUGAAUGACCUUUGUGUUGCAAUCCUUCCCAUCCCAUCAGACACUCCCAGAAAUGUUCCCCUCAUAGUUCAUUUCUCUAUAUAAAGCAUUUUCUGGUUAUUUCUUAGAUUAAUUCCCAUUCUUGCUACUUUAUUUCCUUAGACAUUAACACCGUAGUCCACAGCAUAGUUACGUCAUGGAGUCAGAGGAGCAACUGAGUUCAUUUUCCACUCAAAUAGACGGGGCCAAGUCAAGUCCAUAACAUUCUCUAGGUUCUAACAGGAAUACUGCUGUGGUUACAGAACUCAGGGCUGCUAAGGCAACCACUCUUGACUCACGGUUCCUUUGAGUUUGAGUGUAUUGAGACAGAUGUUAACAUCAGGAAAAGCUCUUGCCAAUUAGAGGACCUUCUUAAUCCUCAGCAAUAAAGUUAAGUUUGUGGUUUGGGGGGAGGGGGUUACUAUUACAACAAAAGUAAAUUUGGCAUCCAUAGAAAUCAGUUCUGAUUUUUGAAAGAUUUGUCCAAAUAUAUCAUUUUUUUAAUGUUACUCAUUUAUUAGAUCCUUUAUCCUACAAUUUGCUUAAACCCUUAAAUAAAUUGCACUUUAAAGGAUUAUAAGUAAUCCAUUUAAAAAUUCAAAUACACACAUCAGUGUUGGUUACUAUGCAGAGAGAAUGUCAUUGUGUAUAGUUUCAUUUAAUCUGUGACAAAUGUUCAGCUGUAUUUUUUAUUAAAAUAAACUAUGUCAAGAAAA